AUGGAGCUCUCCCUGCGGCUGCUCCUGGCGUCCUGCCUCUCGCUGGGGGCGGCCGGGGAAUUUGACAGAAGGUGGCCCAGACAAAUAGUCUCAUCUGCAGGACUGUGUCGGUUUGGAAGCAGAAUUGACUGCUGCUGGGGCUGGGCACGAGUGGCCUGGGGACAGUGCCAACCAUUCUACGUCUUAAGGCAGAGAAUAGCCAGCCUAAGGUGCCAGCCCAAAGCUAUAUGUCAGCCAGGGUGUAAACACGGUGAAUGCACUGGGCCAAACAAGUGUAAGUGCCACCCAGGAUACACUGGAAAAACUUGCAACCAAGAUGUGAAUGAGUGUGGACUAAAGCCUCGGCCGUGCAAGCACCGGUGUAUGAAUACCUACGGCAGCUACAAGUGCUACUGUCUGAACGGCUACAUGCUUAUGCCAGAUGGAACAUGCUCAAAUGCCCUUUCUUGCCUGAUGGCAAACUGUCAGUAUGGCUGUGACGUACUGAAAGGGGAGGUGCGCUGUCGCUGUCCUUCUCCUGGGCUGCAGCUUGGGCCUGAUGGCAGGACUUGUGUAGACAUUGAUGAAUGUGCUACUGGGAGGGUUCUCUGCCCACGAUUUAGGCACUGCGUCAAUACUUUCGGAAGCUACAUCUGCAGGUGUCAUAAAGGCUUUGAUCUGAUGUACAUUGGAGGCAAAUACCAAUGCCAUGAUGUAGAUGAAUGUUCCCUUGGCCACCAUCAGUGUGGUGGUUUUUCACACUGCUACAACACUCCAGGAUCCUACAAAUGCAAAUGUAAAGAAGGGUACAGAGACAAUGGAACAAACUGCAUACAAAAGCCAGUGACCAGGCCGAUGGCUCGUCCGACGGCUGUGCCGACGGCUCGUCCGACGGCUGUGCCAACUCAACCUGCACCCAGGACAACGACUCCACUGACACCCAAGCCAACCACGAGAUAUGUGCCAAUGACAACUAGUCUGGUCACGACAUCAGUGAUGAAACCUCCUUCUCCAACAACGCCUCAGCCUACAACGGUAAGACCUACACUACCACCACAAAGCACUCCUCUGGUAACAACUGAAGAGCCUUCACAUAUUCCAAUUGAAACUACAUCUUCCCAAGGAGUUAUAGAUGACAACAGGAUCCAGCCAGAUCCUCAGAAACCCCGAGGAGAUGUGUUCAUUCCACGCCAGCCUGGAGUCAGCAAUAAUCUGUUUGAAAUACUUGAAAUUGAAAGAGGGAUUACAGCUGAUGAAUUUGAAGCAAACGAUGACCCAGGUGUCCUGGUGCACAGCUGUGAUUUUGACAGUGGCCUGUGUGGGUGGAUCAAGGACAAAGAUGAUGACUUGCACUGGGAGCCAGUGAGAGAUGCAUCAGGGGGACAGUACCUUACCAUCUCUGCUCCCAAGGACAAAGAAGGAAGAGUAGCACAUCUUAUCCUGCCAUUGGGGCACAUGGCUCAGGUUGGAGACUUGUGCCUGUCCUUUAGGCAUAAGGUGCCUGGGCUGCAUUCUGGUGCUCUCCAAGUCUUUGUAAGGAAAAAUGGUGCUCACGGUCCAGCUGUUUGGGGAAGAAACGGUGGCCAUGGCUGGAGACAGACACACAUAACUUUACAAGGACUGGGCAUCAAGAGUGUUAUUUUCAGAGGUGAGAAAGGGAAAGGAAGAACUGGGGAUAUUGGUCUAGAUGAUGUGGUCUUGAGGAGAGGACGCUGCUCUGAAGAGCAUUAG